AUGAAGACAACGGCAUCAUUCAAACGGGGUGAAAUAAUUUCACCGGUUCCGGCAGACUACAUCGUUGAGCAAGACGCGCUUGUUCUCUCGGAUGGCUGUCGCCUGAGACACGAAACAGGAUUUAACGCCACAAUCAUCAGCCGCUUUCUUAUUGCCACGACGGACCUUCAAAUGGGCGAGGAGGUAUUGGUCAAUCUCAACGUGCUUUUCUACGACGUGGGAGAUGAAAAGGCAUUUUUGUUUUCAGGGUUUAAAAAUCUCGCGGAGGAGGAAAAGCAGGAGGUCUAUAUGUAUGCGGAUGAAAAUGUACGGCAACAGGCGAUCGCGGACGGGUUUGUUCCAAAUCGCAAAGAAAGUGGGAUUGACGUGGUGCGGACACGAAAUUCACAACUUGUGACCGUGUCGAGGGGGAGACACGAAGUAAAUAACAUCGUAUUUAGCUCCACUGGUGUUUUGCUUCCAUUCCCAGUGCGCAGUACAGUUGAGCUUCCGGGGGACCAACACCUGCGUCUUACGGGGGGAUCAGAGUUUAUCCGUCACGCCUGUCAGCCAAACCUGCGCCUUGCGAUUGAGGGUGACUCCAUACACGGCAUCGCUCUGCGAUCCAUAGAAGGGGGAGAACAACUGACAUACAACUACCUAUGCACAGAGUGGGAUAUUGCAGAGCCUUUUCAUUGUGCUUGCAACACAGAUUCCUGUUAUAGAUUUAUAAGAGGAUUUCAUUAUUUGGAUGCAGAAGAGAAGGUACUUCUAUUUCCAAGCGUAACUGCGGCAAUUCAAGAAAAGUACCAUGCAGCACUCCCACAAACUGCUUCUUUGGCAUCCCUUGAAAAAACAACGGCAAUAGCAGUUACCCUUGAGGGAAAGGUCGCUGCCCAACGAUAUGUGGCCUCUGGUAAAGUAUUGAUGAAUGUCAACCGCUUUUGUGUACGUUCUCGAGAAGUUGUUCUUGACAGUUUGCACAUUCCACAUAGUUGUGACGCAAAUACCGCUCUGUUGGAAGGCCGUUUGGUGGCAUCUAAGCCUCUCCUUUCCGGUGACCCGCUCACACUGAACCUUUGUACAUUAUUUUAUGAACUCCCGCUUCCCUUUGAAUGCCACUGUGGAUCUUCAAAUUGUACUCGUCUUGUUAAAGGGUUUUCUACACUGAGUGAGGAUGAUAAAAGUGGUCUCAUUCCACUUGCUGAGCGAUCCGUUCUCGUGGAAGCGGCACGUCAUGGUUUGAAUGUACAAAGCUCCAGUCCACUUGUAAAGAUAAGGCGGUAUCCUCCCAUGGGAGAGGUAACGUUUGCUGCAGAUUUUAUUCCAAAGGGUACUCGUAUUUUUCAUAUGAGAGGCCUUGUUAUCCCCUUUCCAACGGUUUAUACGGUAUACCUUGGGGACGGCAAACAUUUACUUUUUGCAGACGGGGCGCAAUGCUUGGCGCAUAGUUGUGACCCCAACACGCGUCUUUCUAUAGAUGCCUCAAAUGGAACCGCCAGUUGUUUUGCCAUGCGUGACAUUGAACCAGGGGAAAUUGUUUCCUUCAAUUAUCUUACCUCCGAGUGGGAUAUGGCAUCACCAUUUAGGUGCGGCUGCGGAAGUGCAUCAUGUUUCAGUAUGAUAAAAGGGUUUCGUCACUUGGAUGAGGAAAGCCAGUUGCGCCUCUGGCCUCAUGCAACCAGUGGUGUGAAAUUUCUUUUUGCCCAGCACCGUCGCAGUGCGCUGCCGAAUCUUGACAACUCGUUGGUCUAUCUUCACGAAACUUUAGGUGAACUGCGUCUGGCGCGGGACUUGUCAUCGGGCGUGGUACUUUUUACUGCCACAACAUUUUGUAUUGCUGCUGGGAAAGUUCUCUUGGACGAUGUGCGACUGAAGCAUUCGUGUAGUCCCACAGCUGUAUUCCUUGAGGGACGCGUUGUGUUGAGUCGUGCCUCACUCCGAGGGGAUGCCGUAACACUUAAUAUUAAUCACUUGGUCUACAAUAGCCCGGUUUUUACAUGCCAUUGUGGCUCGGCGAACUGCGUCGGUGAGGUGCGAGGAUUCGCUGGUCUCACAGACGAACAAAAGAACACGGAGAUGGUGUAUGUCGAUCCAAGGGUGCGGGCGGCGGCGGUGGAAAAUGGAUACCGCAUCCAAAGCUCAUGUCCACUGGUGGAGGUGAAGCCAAAUGGAUUUAUGGGACAAGCGACAUUUGCAAAGAGUGACAUUCGGGAAGGGACUCGUUUUUUUGAAGUAUCCGGUCUUGUUCUUCCCUUUGCAACAAUUUACACAAUCCUUCUGGUUGAUGAGCAGCAUCUUCUUUUUGCGGAUGGGGCACAGUGCUUGGCGCACAGCUGUGAUCCAAAUGUCCGUGUCAUCACAGACAAUACGAGAAAACGAAUUGGAUGUCUUGCUCUUCGGGAUAUUAAAAAGGGUGAACUCAUUUCUUUUAAUUAUCUUACAACAGAGUGGGAUAUGCAAACGCCAUUCACAUGUCUUUGUGGCGCACCGCUGUGUUACCGUGAAAUAAGAGGUUUUAAGUAUCUGGGAGAUGAAGCGCGACAAAAACUAUGGUGUAUGGCGACGCCAGGGAUUAAAUCUAUGGUAAUAGCUACAAAAGCGGAAGAUACAUGGGCCCAGAUUGCAUCUACACGUUUUUUUGUCAGUAACGAUGGUCUGUUGCACGCUUCGGAAGAUAUGAAGGAGGGAACAGUUCUUAUGAAAGUUUCCUGCAUGGAAAUUGUAAGGGAGUUUCUCUCUCUUGAUGGAAUUCGAAUCCGUCAUCAUUGCUCACCCAAUGUAGCCGUCAUUGAAAAUCGAGUUGUCUUGAUUUCUCCUGUUUCGGCAGGGGAGGAAAUAAAUGUCGAUCUAAAUUGCUUGAGUUAUUUACUUUUGGAGGCGUUUGAGUGCAACUGUAGUCAAUUCAAAAGCCCACAUCUUAUUCAAGGAUUUAAAUGGUUGAACGAAGAAAAGAAACAUGCUUGCAUGAUAUUCACAGAGCCUAGUGUACGCGCUGCAGCUCUGAAGGAUGGUUACAAAAUGAAGUGUGAUUCCUCACUGAUUAAAAUAUGCGAAGGUCGCACGGGAUUGGAGGCACAUGCCACUGCGAAUAUACCCGCUGGCACUCGUUUUAUGACAAUCCAAGGUCUUUGUUUACCGUUCUCGACAGCCUGCACAGUACAAUUGUCGGAGGGUAAACAUCUUCUUCUUUUUGGUGGGGCGCAGUUUCUUUCUCAUAGCUGUGAUGCAAAUAUUCGUCUUCGGGUGGAUGCGGUAAACAACACAAUUGGAUGUGAAGCCCUGCGCGAUAUUUCGGUGGAGGAACUUGUGUCCGUCAACUACGUUGCCGUGGAAUGGGAUCUAAGUGCCCCAUUUCACUGUCUCUGUCACAGUCCCAAAUGCUUACAUGACAUUCGUGGAUUUAGGUAUUUGUCUAACGCACAACGGUUGGCAUUUCAAGGACAAGUGACACCCGCCAUACGCCAGUUAGCUGCUUCCCAUGCCAUUGUUAAUUUGCCACCCAACGUUAAGGGCAACACCGCGGGAAUGUUGCAGGUAACAAGCCCUGUAACCCGUGGAACUGUACUUGUGGAAUGCACGGAUAUGGAUAUUCAACCAACGCAAGUUUCUCUUGGAGGCGACUCUUACAUCAUACGACAUAAGGAAGAUGCCAAUACUGUGUUUGUGGAGGGUCGUUUUGUCACCAAGCGUAACAUGGAAGAAGGGGAAUUCCUAACGGUUGACAUGAACUUCUUUAUAUACGAUACUUCAUCCCUUUUUCCGCUUGCUUUUGCGGAGGGAUGUCAAGGAUUUUUCCAUCUUCCGGAAGUUACAAAGCAGAGCCAGUUAUAUUUAUGUGAACCAUCCGUUCGUGCGCAGGCUAUGCAGGAUGGCUGGAUUGUCAAAUCCUCAUCGCCAUUGGUUGAAGUUCGUCGAAACGGGGAAAUGGGGCAAACCGCUUAUGCAGCCGCAAAUAUUGCCUUGGGUGAAGUGCUGUUUCACAGCACGGGGCUUGUUGUACCGUUUCCUACAAUGUACACCAUCUGUGUCGGAGAGAAUAAACAUCUUUUGUUUGGAGAUGCUGCCGAAUGUAUUGCCCACCACUGUGACCCCAAUUUACAAGUGGUGGUACACGAGGAAAAUGGAACGUUUGAUUUUGUGGCGCUUCGAUCCAUUACGGUAGGAGAGAUGCUGAAUUUUAACUACUGUACCACCGAAUGGACUAUGAAUUCGCCUUUUGUGUGUCUCUGUGAGUCUGUUCAUUGUGCGGGCACUAUACGUGGUUUUUUACACCUGAAGGAAACGGACCGCCAGCGUCUCUGGCCAAUCACAAGCCCCGUGGUCAAACGGUACGCGAGCAGAGAAAGUUAUUGA